GAGGGGAAGAUUUCUUUUUUAUGGUUUUCUUUCAUUUUCGCUUGAUUUUAUUUUAUUUUUCCCCACAUCGGCUUUAUUGUUGUAUCCGCUGAGUCAUCAUGUCCGCUCUGACGCCUCAAAGCGAUACGCCGACUCCCACCACAGACAAGAUCACCCAGGCUGCCAUGGAAACGAUCUAUCUGUGCAAAUUCCGGGUGUCUAUGGAUGGAGAAUGGCUCUGUUUGAGGGAACUGGAUGACAUCUCUCUGACGCCUGACCCCGAACCGAGUCAAGAAGAUCCCAACUAUGUCAUGGCCAAUGAACGCAUGAAUCUGAUGAAUAUGGCGAAACUAAGCAUAAAGGGCUUGAUCGAAUCCGCUCUGAAUCUUGGGAGAACCUUGGACUCCGACUAUGCACCUCUCCAGCAGUUCUUUGUAGUCAUGGAGCACUGCCUUAAACAUGGCUUAAAAGCCAAGAAGACUUUUCUGGGCCAAAAUAAGUCAUUUUGGGGACCUCUGGAAUUGGUGGAGAAGUUUGUUCCUGAAGCUGGAGAAAUCACAGCAAGCGUUAAAGAUUUGCCUGGGCUAAAGACUCCCGUGGGAAGGGGAAGAGCCUGGCUGCGUCUGGCAUUAAUGCAGAAGAAACUUUCAGAGUACAUGAAAGCCUUGAUAAACAGACGGGAAAUUCUCAGUGAAUUUUACGAACCAAAUGCCCUCAUGAUGGAGGAAGAAGGUGCUAUAAUCGCUGGACUUUUAGUGGGCCUCAAUGUCAUUGAUGCAAAUUUUUGCAUGAAAGGAGAAGACUUGGAUUCUCAGGUUGGCGUUAUUGAUUUUUCAAUGUAUUUGAAGGAUGGCAGUAGCAGUAAGGGCAGUGAAGGCGAUGGUCAAAUUACUGCAAUUCUGGAUCAGAAAAACUACGUAGAAGAACUCAAUAGACAUUUAAGUGCUACAGUCAACAACCUGCAGACAAAGGUUGAUGCUUUGGAAAAAUCCAACACUAAACUAACUGAGGAGCUUGCCGUUGCAAACAACAGAAUUAUAACACUGCAAGAAGAAAUGGAGCGAGUCAAAGAGGAGAGUUCGUACAUUUUGGAAUCCAACCGAAAGGUCAAUAAGCAGGAUCGAACUUCAGACGGACAUGCCCUAACCGAAGCGAGGAAACAGUUAAAAGAGGAAACCCAGUUAAGACUGGAUGUGGAAAAAGAGCUUGAAAUGCAGAUCGGAAUGAGACAAGAGAUGGAGCUGGCCAUGAAGAUGCUGGAAAAGGACGUUUGUGAGAAGCAGGAUGCGCUUGUGGUGCUCAGGCAACAACUGGAUGAUCUCAGGGCCCUAAAACUUGAACUUUCUUUCAAGCUGCAGAGUUCAGACCUGGGAAUGAAGCAGAAGAGUGAAUUGAAUAGCCGCCUGGAGGAGAAGACCAGUCAAAUGGCUGCUACAAUUAAACUGCUGGAACAGAGCGAAAAGGAUUUGGUGAAACAGGCAAAAACCUUAAAUAGCGCAGCAAACAAAUUAAUUCAGAAGCCGCACUAG